UCCACCACCGCUAACUGCCGCCCUAUGCAGCUGCUGGAGAUUAAUGGUAAUCCAUCAGUGGCUUCAUCUUCUCAAAUACCCAAAAUUCAUUUGGACCAAUUAAAUUGAAAAGCCAAAUCUUCAUCUUUUUCUUCUUCUUUACGCACAUGCAUGUAAUCUUAAUUUCAGUUUUUAUCCGGCAAGUUCUCUUUUUUAUCCAAUUUAUGAUGACCCUUUAUGCCAGAGCUUCAAAAUCUAUCAUCUCCAAGAAUUUUCUAAAGGUUGAGGUAAAGUUAUUAUUUUUUGCCUCAAUUCAUCAGUCUCAUUGCCCCCCUGUGUUUAUUGGUAAUACUGCAGAUUUAAAUAGUAUCAACUUUAAAGAUAUGUCUCCAGUUAUAUACUCAGUUAAUAAGCAUUCAGAUAGUUAUUUUCAGAAUUUUAUUUUGAGGACAAUUCUUGAAAAGCCUUAUGUUGCUGGGAAUAGUUUAUGGAUUUUUCCUGACCAUUAUCAUGCUGAUUCUGAGCUGUUAAUAAGGGUUCUUAAUUCAAUUCAACAAAAGCCGAAAGUGGCCCUCAAAUUGUUUAGGUGGGCUGAGGGGAAACCGGGGUUCAAGUAUUCUGAGUUUCUGUUUUGUACGAUUCUUGGUGUUUUGGUACAGCAUGGUUUUAUGAGGUCUGCUUAUUGGGUUGUGGAAAGGGUUGUAAGUGUGAAUCUGAGUAGUGUAAUGGAUGUUUUGAUCGACGGUUAUUUGAAUUCGAAAGUUUCUGUUAAGGUUCUUGAUUUGGCUUUGUGGGUUUGCACGAAAAAGGAGAAUGUUGAGCUUUGUUUAUUGGUUUUUGAUAAGAUGAUGAGGAACGGGUUGUUGCCAGAUGUUAAGAACUGUAAUAGGAUUCUUAGAGGGCUUAGGAAUAGGGGUUUUAUCGGGAAAGCCAGGGAGGUGUACAGAAUCAUGGGCAAGUUUGGUAUCAAGCCAACGAUUGUUACAUAUAAUACAAUGUUGGAUUCUUAUUGUAGAGAAGGGCAAGUGCAAGAAGCAGUGGAUCUUCUUUCAGAAAUGCAAAGGAGAGGGUGUUUUCCUAAUGGUGUUACAUAUAAUGUGUUGAUUAAUGGACUAUCAAAGAAAGGGCAGUUUGACCAGGCUAAAGGGUUGAUUCAAGAGAUGUUGAACAAGGGAUUGACGGUUUCGGCUUACACAUAUAACCCUUUAAUAUCUAGCUACUGUGCUAACGGAAUGCUUGUUGAGGCGUUGGGCCUUGCUAAAGAGAUGGAAAUGAGAGGAGCUUCUCCUACACUAUCUACAUAUAAUACAUUAAUGUAUGGCCUUUGCAAACAGGGAAGAGUUGGUGAUGCCUGGCAAUGGUAUCCUGUGGUGUUGAAGAAGAAUUUUGUUCCAGAUAUAGUGUCAUACAAUAUUUUGAUUUAUGGCUAUUGUCGAAUGGGUAAUGCCAGGGCUGCUACCUUCUUGUUAGAUGAGUUAAAACGCAGGAAACUUAUUCCUACAGUUGUUACGUACAACACAAUUAUUGACGGACUAUGCAAACUUGGGAACUUAGAGGAUGCAAGGCAGCUCAAGGAUGAAAUGGUUGAUCAUGGUAUAUCCCCUGAUGUAUAUACCUAUACGAUUCUAGUAAAUGGUUCUUGCAAGGCAGGACGCUUGUCUAUGGCUGCAGAAUUCUUUGAUGAGAUGUUGCAUAAAGGCUUACAGCCUGACCGCUUUGCCUAUACAACUCGAAUAUCCAGUGAAUUGAAGCUUGGUGAUGCAUCCAAGGCAUGGACUCUGCAAGAAGAGAUGCUUGCAAAAGGAUUCCCACCUGAUAUGAUAGUCUACAAUGUCUUUGUGGGAGGGAUCUGUAAGAUGGGGAACUUAAAUGAAGCAUAUGCAGUGUUGCAAAAGAUGGUAUUCGACGGCCUGGUGCCUGACCAUGUCACCUACACAAGCAUUAUUCAUGCUUGCUUGGAAAAUGGGCGUGUUAGAAAAGCCCGGGAGUUAUUUCAUGAGAUGUUAAGCAAUGGCUUGUCUCCAACUGUUGUGACUUACACAGUACUGAUUCAUGCACAUGCUGGUCUGGGAAGGCUAGAACUAGCACUUAUGUACUUCUCAGAGAUGCAGGAGAAGGGGAUUGUGCCAAAUGUGAUAACAUAUAAUGCACUGGUAAAUGGUCUUUGCAAAUGCAGAAGGCUCGAUCAGGCUUACACAUACUUUUCUGAAAUGAAAACAAAAGGAGUAAUACCUAAUAAAUAUACUUACACCAUUUUAAUAAAUGGGAACAUUGACUUGGAUAAUUGGUUGGAGGCUUUGCGAUUGUAUAUAGAAAUGCUGGAUAUGGGAAUAAAGCCUGAUUCUUGCACACACAGUGCCUUGUUAAAAGAUCUAAACAAGGACUAUAAAUUAUAUGCGGUGCAAUACCUUGACUAUGUAGUCGGGAAGUGAAGAUAGAGCUGAUGAAAGGACUUGAAAUAACCAUACGCAUAACACUGGACUUCUAAGGAUUUGGUGUAUGAAUGGGAUACUGAAUUGCUAAGGAUGUUGUACAUGAUUGAAGAAUUCAAUAUCUCCUGGCACUAUGUGCUUUUCCAGGAUGAAUGACUAGGUACCGUAAUGUUUAUUGACCAUUGAUAGUUGCACAAUCAGCGAGUUGGUGCUUGCUCUGAAGAAAUUGGGGAAGAAAUUGUAUACUUCUUCCUUCCAAGAGUAUAGAUGUGCACUGUUUGCCAAGCGGAAUUCAAUCUGGUUCUGAGACAGUUUGAGUGCCUCUACUUCAACUUAAAACAGGCUGCUAAAAGCUGGACUUCUGAAGGUAACAUAAAGGCCAGUGGUGCUGCAAAGGGUGUACAUGUUUGAUGCAGAAUUAUGCAGGUCCUAUAUGUGUUUAUGCGCUCUUGCUGAUAUUCAUGCAGAAGGUAUGAUGCUGAUACUACUAGCACUUCCAAUCUGUGUCUCAAGAGAUAUGACAGUGAGUGCACGCUGGAUGCAACAAAGAUCUUAUGCGGAGGUUUGAGGGAAGGCUCGGAUGUAAGUUUGUUUCUGAUGAGAAGGAAGGAUGGAAUAUUUUCUUUUUAUCAUUGAUAUCCUAGAACCCUAUAAAAUGCUAAGCACCUGUUGCUUUGGUGAUUGGCAAGUUAAUUAGGUUUUGACUGUAGAUGCUGGGAUGGGAUGCAGAAUGUUUUUUUGUCCUAUGCUGUAUUAUUCAAUUUGCGUGAAGUGUAUGACUCGUGAACCAGAUUCUUGGAUUUAUAAUUUAUUUGUUUUGUCAGUUGCUUUCUUGAA